AUUUACGGUAUGCAUCUUCUUAUCCAAAAGAAGUGAUAAGGGGCAGGGGCGGUUAUUCUGGCGAGUGUUAAAGAUGAUCGUCUGAAACGCCACAAUUUCCACGGAUUCGAUCUCCCAGUUCACAGGAAAAGCCGCGAAAACAAGAAGGGAAAAACGAAAGUUUAAUGCUUUUUGUCUUUUAUUUUUAUUACAUAGCUUCAACCAGCAGCUUAAGGCUAUAACAGUUUGUUAAUAUAUACAAGAUAAAGUUUCACAUUUGGAGAAUGUCAGAAUCUUUGAUUGGUAAUAAGAAGAAGGACAAUGCACAAGUCACACCAGAGUAUAUGGAUCGUAUUACCAGUUUAAAAAGGCGUGUAAGAUAUGAAUAUAUACGUAUUUGUCGCAGUAGGAAAAGAAAGAAAGCUGAAGAGGCCAAAGAAUUUUACAAGAAAAACCGCAAAAAGACACUGGAAACUCUGGAGAAAAAACAGCAUUUACUUGAAGAAAAAUCACAGAAAACUCUGACAAAAAUUCCUAUUGCAAUACUCACAGAAGCUACCACACGUAAGGCAGUGAUACAAAGUGGUUUCAGUUAUCCUCCUCAAUGCGUAAACCUGCAAACCUUAUAUUCACCUCCUGCGCUGCCAACGAUGAUUGCUUGGGCACCAUUACAACAAAACUUUAUUGUUGAAGAUGAAACUGUUCUGCAUAAUAUACCAUAUAUGGGUGAAGAUGUUAUUGAUCAGGAUGGUCAGUUUAUUGAGGAGUUGAUAAAAAAUUAUGAUGGAAAAGUCCACACCUCAACCAGUAUUGACAGUAUAAUGGAUGAUGAAAUGUUUUUACAUUUGCUUUGUUCUGUUGUUCCGUAUCAAGAAGACACGAUUGAUGGAAACCUUCCAUCGGAUUGUGAAAACUAUUCAGACGCGGAAUGUGCAUCCAGUGAAAGAUCGUGUAAACUUCCUUCCAAAGAACCAAACAAAUUAUUAUUUGAUACCAUUGCACAUUACUUUUCUGAACAAGGUGUUACCACUGAGGAAGUGAAACAAAGGUACACGCUACUAAAGGAGAAAGAGAGUACUGAACCACCCGCAGAGUGUACACCAAAUAUUGAUGGGCCUGAUGCAAUAUCUACAACUAAAGAAAGAACAAUGCACUCUUUUCACACCUUGUUUUGUAGAAGGUGUUAUAAAUAUGACUGCUUUCUACAUGCUAUCAAAUCAGGUCCUUUCCGCACAAAACGAAAGGCUUUGUUGGAUGUUCAUGACACUAAACCAUGUGGUGAUGAUUGUUAUAUGCAUCUCGAAAAACUUCCAAGUGAAUGUAUAGGAAAAGACGAAGACAGUAGUUGUACAGAGGCAGAGCGGACAGAAGAAACAAUUACAAAAACAAAGAAAAACAAGGGACGAAAAUCUGUUGUGAAGAUCGAAACAGCUCCUGAAUCUCCUGCACCGCCCGUCUGUAACUACUCUGCUGAUGAUGUAGAAGAAGCAAUGUGGUCUCCAGCUGAUCUUUCUUUAUUUCGUGUAUUAAGGAGUAAUUUUGGUACAAAUUAUUGCUCCAUUACUAAGUUAUUAGGCUCGGCAUACACUUGUCAACAAGUUUAUAAACAUUCUAUUGUUGAACCAAUUGGUGAGGAUGAUCAAAUAGAGGAUGAAACGACGCCACCGAAGAAAAAGAAGAAAAAACAAACUGUGAGAUCUUGGGCUAAUCAUUGUAAGAAAGUACAGAUGAAAAAAGAGAAUUCAUCUUCUUUCUUGCACAGUUUUGUACCAUGUGAUCAUCCUGGUCAGCCGUGUAAUGACAGUUGCCAUUGUAUUCAAACUCAUAAUUUCUGUGAGAAGUACUGUCAGUGCAGUAUGGAUUGUCAAAACAGGUUUCCUGGUUGUCGUUGCAAAGGUCAAUGUACUACAAAAGUUUGUCCAUGCCACCUUGCAGUAAGAGAAUGUGACCCAGACCUCUGUAAAUCUUGUGGUGCAGAUAAUUUUGAAGUGGAAAGUCAAAAUUCAUCUUGUAAAAAUGUUGGUUUGCAGAGAGGAUGGAGACAAUAUUUAUUGCUUGCACCAUCGGAUAUUGCUGGUUGGGGAAUAUUUGUGAAAGAAGCAGUACCUAAAAAUACGUUUAUUAGUGAAUAUUGUGGAGAGUUGAUAUCACAAGACGAAGCUGAAAGACGCGGAAAAGUAUACGAUAAAACAAUGUGCAGUUUUUUAUUCAACUUGAAUCACGAACAUGUUGUAGAUGCUACAAGAAAAGGGAAUAAAAUCCGAUUUGCUAACCACUCAAUUAAUCCGAAUUGCUAUGCGAAAGUUAUGAUGGUUAAUGGAGAUCAUAGAAUUGGGAUAUUUGCUAAAAGAAACAUACCUGCUGGGGCGGAACUAUUUUUCGAUUACAGAUACGGACCGACCGAUUCAUUACGUUACGUAGGCAUUGAAAAGGAUACGGACACCAGUGUUGGCGUUGCGAAGAAAUGGUCAGCGUGAGAAGCAAACAAGUUGCGUCUGUUUUACGCUGGUAUGAUUUCGUGGAGAAGUAUAUUGAAGUAUUAGAGUAUGCUGUAAAUACAAAUUCGAAGUGAAGAAAAAUGUUGCGGUUUUUUUAUCUGCAUUGACUUUACUAAUAAACAUGCAAGCUACCGGGGAACUUGUUAAACUUCUGUACCAUUCUUUCUUGACGCAUGUUUGGAAUAUGUAUGAUAUUGCUCAAUUUUUUUCAAAGAAAAUACAUGUGAACUUUUAAUAGCUGGUACGUAGCAACUAUUAGAACGUAAGAAGCUAACUACGGUAAAUUUCACAUCUUACUGUACUAAUCCGCGAAAGUGAACACAUUGUGAUGUUUCAAAGAUCAACGAAAAAUGUGUACCAACCAGCAGUUUGUAAAGAGAAAAGAACAAAAAAAACAAAAAAAUUAAUAUUUAAUUAACAAAUUUAUCUUACUCUGCUAAUCCGCAAUGGCCUUGCAGGCUUUUUUUAAAUUAGCUGCGGGGUAGCCUUUUUUCGCAACUAUUAAAUAGGGUGAGAGCGAACACUGGCGACUAUAUUGAUACUCUGUUUAAAAAGGUAUCCAUUGUAAGACUUAUUUAAAGAAAAACAAGUUUUUAUAACA